AUGAAAGUCAGUUCAUGUCGAACAGCAACCCGCGACCCCUACCCUCGCGGCACCGCCCACGACAAUAACUACCUGAAAAAGGAAGUAAACAACAUGUGCCAAUAUUUCAUACACAACAACACGCACAUCGAUCUAUUCGCGUUUGCUUUACAACAACCGCCAACAUUUCAUUCCGUGAAGACCGAAAUCAUUUUUUUAUCCAUACCCACCUGUGCCCGCGGACCGGAUUGCAUUCACCAUUUUAACUUUACUUCUUCGUUCUUCUUUUUUUUCUUUCUCCGUUCUUUUCCCUUUCUUCCUCUUCUUUUUUCUUCUUUUUCUUCUUCUUUCUCUGUUCUUCUUUUUUUUCUUUCUCCGUUCUUUUCCCUUUCUUCCUCUUCUUUUUUCUUCUUUUUCUUCUUCUUUCUCUGUUCUUCUUUUUUUUCUCUUCAUUUCUCUGUUCCUCUCAUUCUUUCUCCAUUUCUUCUUCUUCUUCUGUCUUCGCAUUUCUUCUUCUUUUUCUGUUCUUCUGUCUUCCGUCCUCCUUUUUCCUUUCUUCUUUCUCUUCCUUCUCCGUUCUUCAUUUUCUUCUUUUGUCGUCUUUUUUCUGUUCUUUUUUCUCUCUUUUCCAUCUUUUUCCGUUCUUAUUUUUUCUUAUUUCUCCAUUAUUCUUCUUACGUCUUCUUCUUCUUCUUCUUCUUCUUCUUCUUCUUCUUACGUCACCGUUGUUGUUGUUGUUGUUGUUCUUCUUCUUCUUCUUCUUACGUCACCGUUGUUGUUGUUGUUGUUCUUCUUCUUCUUCUUCUUCUUCUUCUUCUUCUUACGUCACCGUUGUUGUUGUUGUUCUUCUUCUUCUUCUUCUUCUUACGUCACCGUUGUUGUUGUUGUUGUUCUUCUUCUUCUUCUUACGUCACCGUUGUUGUUGUUGUUGUUCUUCUUCUUCUUCUUCUUUUUCUUCUGUCUCCGUUCUUCUUUCUUUAUUUUUCUUCUUCUUUCUCCGUUUUUCAUUUUAUUAUUUCUUCCUUCGUUCCUUUUUCUUCUUUUUUUUUUUUCUGUUCUUCUUUCUCCGUUCUUCUUUUUUUCUUCUUCUUCUUCUUCUUUCGUCUUUUCCCCUUCUUCUAA